AAAUAAGGGAAAUUAGACUCCUCGCGAAAAAGGGCUCCUUCACUGUAGUUCCCUCAUUUAGGAAGGCGUGCACGGCGACGAACGAAUAUCAGGGACAUCAACAUUUUAUUAGAGCUUGCAACAAUUAGAGUCAACUAACAACACACACAAUCAGAUCAACAACAUUUGUACUCUGAAUUGAAGGGAGAGGAGAACGCGUAUUUUAGGGCUUUAGCGCAUCAUCUGACAUUUUUUUUUAUCACCAUGACCGUCACUCAUCGUAAAAGAACUGCUAAUGAUGCCGAAAAGGAUAUUGCAGAAUCGGGCGUUAAAUAUCAUUGCGAUGCAUGCAGCCAGAACAUCACUGAUACUGUCCGGAUACGAUGUGCCAUAUGCAGUGAUUUUGACCUCUGUGUCAGAUGUUUCUGUAGUGGAGCUGAGCUGGGCAAACAUAAGAGCUGGCAUGACUAUCGUGUGAUGGAGCAACACUCGUUCCCAAUCUUUGAUGUAGAUUGGGGUGCAGACGAAGAGCUGUUGUUGAUUGAAGGUGCAGAGACGUUUGGGAUUGGAAAUUGGCAAGAUAUUGCAGAUCAUGUCGGAUCAAAGACGCGAGACGAAUGUGAGGCUCAUUACCUUCAAGUCUAUGUCGAAAGCGAAACAUGGCCUCUACCGGACAUGCACAAAAAGUUCGACAUGGACCCUGAAGCGCAAGCUGCAAGGAAGAGGCAGCGCCUGGCUCAGAGAGUGAACAGGGUACCAGCGCCAGUAAAGGCUCAAAAGCCAAUGACAAGCCAGCCCGCCAAUCAUGAGAUCGCAGGCUAUAUGCCAGGACGUUUGGAGUUUGAAACAGAGUAUGAGAAUGAGGCUGAGCAGAUCGUUAAGGAUAUGAUGUUUAGUGAAGAGGAUACAUCAGAGGAAGUUGAUUUGAAGUUGAUGGUGCUCGAAAUUUACAAUGCUAAAUUGAAUAAGAGACUUGAAAGACGAAAGUUUGUCUUUGAUAGGGGGUUCUUGGAGUACAAAAAGAAUCAAGCUGCAGAGAAAAAACGAACACCAAAGGAACGUGAGCUGCUUAAUAGCAUGAGGGUAUUUGCACAACUCCAGACUUCUGAGGAUUAUGACAAAUUUAUCGAUGGGCUACUGAAGGAAAUGCAUCUGCGAGAACGCAUUGCAGAGCUGCAGGAAUUUAGAGCCAAUGGGAUAACAACGCUUGCUGCUGGACAGGAAUAUCUUCGAGAAAAGGUUAACAGGCAAACAAGCCUUCGUCACCUUAUAAGAGAUUCCUCUCUUAACGAUAGAAGAAAUGCGCGAUCGCUUCCACAACGCUCUAACAUGGAUGAUUCGUCUUCACCACGUGGAUCAACAGCUUUAGGAAAGGUUGUGCCUCCAGUUCGUAAGCCUGCCAAUCCAUUGAAUAUCCAAAAUGCGGAAGGAAUUCAUUUGUUGACUGUACCUGAGCAAGCACUGUGUUCAACAUUGCGUAUCUUCCCCAAAUCAUAUAUGAUUAUCAAGGAGCAGCUACUGAAAGAGCAUGCACGUCUUGGAGGGCUCAAACGGCGACAAGCCCGCGAGCUCAUCAAGAUUGAUGUGAACAAAACUGGCAAGAUUUAUGAUUUUUUCGUGGAAGCUGGUUGGAUUCAGAACUCUGAUGCAUAACGGUUGUUUUUUUAUUAUUAUUAUUAUUAUUAGUAUUGUUAUUAUUAUUUUUAUUUUUUUAGAAUAGAACAUUGUACAUUAAAAAAAGUUGUUG